AUGGCGGAACAUACAGUCCGACAAGAAGAGGAAGCUGUCUCUCUUUCUGAACGACCUUUGCAGAGAGCAAAGCAAGGUGGAAAAAGCACUUGUUGGAAAUGUUUUCAGGAUGCCAGUGUUACUAACUUCUUCGCCAAGGGAGCCGGAAUGAUCCAGCAUUUUCGUACUAUGCACCGAAACAUCGAUGUAGACGAAGUGCGAUGCAAGACCCUUUUCCAGCAACUUCACGGCAAGGAAACAGCAGAUGCCAUCGCGCGCUUAAGCAGAUUUCGCUUAGAAACGGUUAGUAGCUCCUUAUUUUGUUUACCUCAACACGAUACGUAAGCAUCUUUUUUCCUUUCGAUUUAAUUGAGUGAUGAAAGAUUUGUUCUCUUCUGCAGUUGUGUACUGUUGGUAGUUACUCAGAGUAUAAUGUGAGCGUGGAGGAACAGGGUGUAUUUGGAGCCAAAAUUGUUGCCAAAACAAGAAGAGAAGCGGCAAAGCUAUACGGUUUGAUUUUACACCACUGUGGGAAACUGAGAGCUCUUGGAGACCGACCAUGUGUUGUUCAAGUGGAAGAAGUUGGCAACUCUACUAGCAGACAAAGCUUUCGCACGUGGUUUGCUGGGGACAAAAUUUACGUCGAGUGUUUUAUUCCAGGCAGGAGGGUAAAUAAAUAUUGCCUUUGGUUGUUCCUUUAUUUAACAUACAAUAUUGUCAGUCUAAGAUGGAUGGUAUUAACAAUUCUGUAUACUCGUGGAGUAUCUUUUUAACAGUUUUUCUCCAUAGUAUAAUUUCUAGUUGUGUGAAUUCGGUGUAUCCCAUAUUCUACUUUUCAUUUUUUAUUAUUCCCUUUCUGGUAAAGACUUAAAGAUUAAGGAAGUUGCGACUUAUAAUCAAUAUUAUUAUUUUUAAUACUGCAGACACUUGCAAUUACCCAAGGUGACACCUCCUUGUUUGCCCAAAACUCUGUAUUCACUGGGGAGUAUACAGUUGGAUCCAAGAGCCCGCUGGAAGUUUUGCAGACUGUUUUUGGCCACACCAACUUCAGGCCAGGGCAGUGGAAUGCUAUUUCAAAAAUUUUAUCUGGCAAAGAUGUGAUUGUUGUCAUACCAACUGGUGGUGGGAAGACAGUGGUAUAUACACUACCUUGCAUUAUGGCGCCUGGAUUGGCCAUUAUAAUUUCACCAAUCUUGAUGCUAAUGUGUGACCAGGUUGCAAGACUUAGAGGGUAUGGGAUAAACACAUGCUACUAUAACACCCUUUUAAGUGAUGAUGAUAGGAAAAAUAUACUCCACAAUUUAAAGCAGCCCGAUUGUCAGUACCAGUUUGUAUUUAUUAGCCCUGAAGCUGUAAUUACAGACUGCUUCCAAAGUUGUCUGGACGUUUUAAGAUGUGAAAAUAGACUGAAAAUGUUUGUUGUGGAUGAAGCCCAUUGUAUAGAUACCUGGGCAAAGGACUUUAGACCUGCCUACCAACAACUGGGUAUUUUGAGAAAGUAUGGAUUGCCAUUUGUUGCCCUUACUGGUACAGCAACAAAACAGACUUUAUCGAUUAUCAGCACAGCACUUCAGAUGGAAAACCCCGAAGAAGUGAGACUGCCAUGUCGUAGAAAUAACCUCUGCUUUUCCGUGAUCGCUAAAAAGGAACUAAAGGCCAAAGAUCAAGUAGCACAGAUAGUAAGCGGUGAUUUUGAUGGUCUGUGUGGAAUUGUUUACUGUGCUCGCCAAGCAGACACUGUUGAAAUGGCCUUUGAGUUGAAGGAAAAGGGCAUUUCUGCAACAUACUACCAUGCAGGAAUGGAAGGUGGUGAACGUAUUCGAAAUGCUAACAUGUGGCUUGAAGACAAAAUCAAAGUAAUGUGUUGCACUAAUGCCUUUGGGAUGGGGAUUGACAAGAAGGGUGUCAGGUUUGUCAUACACCUUACUCUUCCAUCAUCACUAGAGGAUUACGUCCAGGAAUCAGGAAGAGGAGGACGCGAUGGUGACAAUUGUUCCUGUAUUCUGCUUUUUCGCUUUGCUGAUAGGUCAUUUCAUCUGCGAAAUGUAGCUGCCAUGUCUUUUAGUGAGGACAGUGUAACGCUCCUAAAUUCCCUUACAGACUUCUGAAUGCAAACCUCACUCUGUAGACAACAAUUCAUCGCAAGAUAUUUUGAUGAGAAUCUAGGUGAAGCAUGUGACUGCUGUGAUAUCUGUCAAGAAGACAGUUUCCAGGAACAAAAGGACUUGACGCUUCAUGCGAGAAACGUCAUUGACUGUUUACGCCAAAUCAGUGCACUUGAAGGAAAACCAAAAUUGACUGACUUGGCAAUGACUUAUAUGGGGUCAAAGGCCAAAACGAUCAUUACACAAAGAUUUAACACAGUCGCACAGUAUGGAAAGGGGAAAGACCAAUUUCUAAAUGUGAACAAUGCGACUAAAUUUAUCCAGUUUCUGAUUUUUAAAGGAUUCAUAAAAGAAAACAUUCGAAGUCUUGAAGAGAGGAUGACAAUUAAUUACCUAACUUGUGGAAAUGUUGUAGACUUGGUUGAUGGUAGAUGCCAAGUGUUCUUCAACUUGUAA